AUGAAUUAUUCCACUACAGAGAAGGAGCUCCUUGCAGUUGCGAAACCAAGACUUAUCAGAUGGGUCCUACUCUUACAAGAGUUUGACGUUGAAAUCAAGGACAAGAAGGGUAGUGAAAACGUGGUAGCUGACCACUUGAGUCGUUUGGUACAUGCAGAAGACCCUCUCCCUCUGGUGGAGACGUUUCCAGAUGAGCAGCUUUUUGGACUUCAGGUAAGUGAACCAUGGUAUGCUGAUAUUGUGAACUAUAUUGUUUCUAGGAAGAUUCCUGAUACCAUGUCACGUGCUCAUAGAGAUAGGCUUAAGAAAACUGUUAAGCAAUAUGUUUGGGAUGAACCUUAUUUGUGGAAAUAUUGCUCUGAUCAACUGAUUAGGAGAUGUGUGCCUGAACAUGAAACUUGUGAUAGAUGCCAACGAACCGGAAAUCUAAGUUCUAGAGAUCAAAUGCCAUUGUCCAAUAUCAUAACUGUUGAAAUAUUUGAUGUCUGGGGCAUAGAUUUCAUGGGACCUUUCCCUUCAUCUUUUGGGUUUCUAUAUAUCUUACUUGCAGUGGACUAUGUUUCCAAAUGGGUGGAAGCAAAGGCCACUAGAACUAAUGACUCUAAGGUUGUUGCAGAUUUUAUCAAGUCUAACAUCUUUAGCAGGUUUGGAAUGCCUAGAGUUCUCAUUAGUGAUGGUGGAUCCCAUUUUUGCAAUCGGACGAUUGAGGCCUUGUUGAAGAAAUAUGAUGUUACACAUAAGGUUUCUACACCUUAUCACCCCCAAACUAGUGGGCAGGCUGAGGUCUCAAAUCGUCAGAUCAAGGGGAUAUUGGAAAAGACUGUAAACCCCAACAGGAAGGAUUGGUCCCUACGCUUGGAGGAUGCUUUGUGGGCCUACAGAACUGCAUACAAGACUCCCAUAGGUAUGUCCCCAUAUCGCAUUGUCUAUGGCAAACCUUGCCAUUUACCUGUGGAGUUAGAGCACAAAGCUUGGUGGGCUAUGAAGCAGUUUAACAUGGAUAUUGAUGAAGCUGGGCUUCAUAGGAAGCUGCAGUUGCAAGAGUUAGAGGAGAUUAGGAAUGAUGCUUUUGAAAGUGCCAACAUUUAUAAAGAAAAGACUAAGGCAUUCCAUGAUAAAAUGAUUCGAAGGAAGACUUUUCGCCUAGCUGGACAUGACUACUACUGCUUCUUGGAUGGCUACUCAGGCUACAAUCAGAUUGCCAUAGCCAAUGAAGAUCAAGAGAAGACAACCUUCACUUGCCCCUUUGGGACGUUUGCCUAUAGACGUAUGCCCUUUGGCCUUUGCAACGCUCCAGGUACCUUUCAGAGGUGUAUGGUAAGUAUCUUUUCAGAUUAUAUUGAGAAAAUCAUAGAGGUAUUUAUGGAUGACUUUUCAGUCUUUGGAAAGAAUUUUGAUGAUUGUCUUAAUAAUCUGGAAAUAAUUCUAAAACGUUGCAUGGAAACUAACCUUGUACUUAAUUGGGAGAAAUGCCAUUUUAUGGUUAAACAAGGAAUAGUUUUAGGACAUAUUGUCUCUGCUAGGGGAAUAGAGGUCGAUAAGGCCAAGGUUGAUAUUGUGCGUUACUUACCCUCUCCCACUUCUGUGAGAGAGAUUCGUUCUUUCCUUGGCCAUGCAGGUUUUUAUAGGAGGUUUAUCAAGGACUUCUCCAAGAUUUCGAGACCUCUAUGUCAACUGCUCCAGAAGGAUGUGCCCUUUCACUUUGACAAGGAAUGUCAAGCUGCUUUUGACAAGCUUAAGGAGUUGUUGACGUCAGCCCCCAUCAUGCUACCUCCAGAUUGGUCCUUGCCCUUUGAGUUGAUGUGUGAUGCCUCUGACUAUGCAGUUGGAGCUGUUUUGGGGCAAAGGAAGGACAAACGACCCUAUGCCAUCUAUUACGCGGAUGGCUACUCAGGCUACAAUCAGAUUGCCAUAGCCAAUGAAGAUCAAGAGAAGACAACCUUCACUUGCCCCUUUGGGACGUUUGCCUAUAGACGUAUGCCCUUUGGCCUUUGCAACGCUCCAGGUACCUUUCAGAGGUGUAUGGUAAGUAUCUUUUCAGAUUAUAUUGAGAAAAUCAUAGAGGUAUUUAUGGAUGACUUUUCAGUCUUUGGAAAGAAUUUUGAUGAUUGUCUUAAUAAUCUGGAAAUAAUUCUAAAACGUUGCAUGGAAACUAACCUUGUACUUAAUUGGGAGAAAUGCCAUUUUAUGGUUAAACAAGGAAUAGUUUUAGGACAUAUUGUCUCUGCUAGGGGAAUAGAGGUCGAUAAGGCCAAGGUUGAUAUUGUGCGUUACUUACCCUCUCCCACUUCUGUGAGAGAGAUUCGUUCUUUCCUUGGCCAUGCAGGUUUUUAUAGGAGGUUUAUCAAGGACUUCUCCAAGAUUUCGAGACCUCUAUGUCAACUGCUCCAGAAGGAUGUGCCCUUUCACUUUGACAAGGAAUGUCAAGCUGCUUUUGACAAGCUUAAGGAGUUGUUGACGUCAGCCCCCAUCAUGCUACCUCCAGAUUGGUCCUUGCCCUUUGAGUUGAUGUGUGAUGCCUCUGACUAUGCAGUUGGAGCUGUUUUGGGGCAAAGGAAGGACAAACGACCCUAUGCCAUCUAUUACGCCUCAAGGACUCUAAAUGAUGCCCAAAUGAAUUAUUCCACUACAGAGAAGGAGCUCCUUGCAGUUGUCUUUGCCCUUGAAAAGUUUCGUUCCUACUUACUUGGUACCAAGGUAAUUAUUUAUACUGACCAUGCAGCUUUGAAGUACUUGAUGACCAAGAAGGAGGCGAAACCA